CUUGAGCAAUGCGUGACAGGGGUGCGGCAGUGUUCUUUACCUUUUCCCCUCCAAAGCUGCAGGUAGUGCACAUUGACAGACUGGACUGCGUAGAGCUGCACACACCGCCCCACACAACAUAGCAUCAUGGCAUCUCCACUCAAGAGUUUGGUCUACGAUGAUAACCGGUACCAGAAGGCCUUCCAUCUUUUUCUCGAGCGCUCUUCUGAACAUCAGUGUAUGAAGGACUUUAUUCACAAUAUCCUGCCAGACAUUGUGUCCAGCAUCGGAAACGGGAAGCCCCAUCUGAAUGUUAUUGGAGUUGGAAGUGGUGAUGGUCGCAUUGAUCUAGAGAUGUUCUCUAAGCUUCAUCUGAAGCACCCCGGGGUGACGGUGGACUACGAGGUGGUCGAGCCCAGCAGCCAGCAACUUCAUAGCUACAAAGUGUUGGUGUCACAGAAGUCUGAUUUGGAUUAUAUCACAUUUAAGUGGAACAAGAUGACUUCCUCUGAGUUUGAGGAACAAUGGAAGUUAAAGGGGAUGACAAAGAAGGCUGAUUUAAUUCACAUGAUUCAGAUGCUCUACUAUGUCAAGGAUGUUGAAGCCACCGUCGGAUUCUUUCGAAGUCUCCUUGAACAAAAUGGGAAGCUUCUCAUUAUUCUGGUGUCUGGUGAGAGUGGUUGGGGAAAGUUGUGGCAGACAUUUAGGGGUCAGAUCAGCGUCUGUGAAAUAAGUCAGUGUGUGACCACGGCAGAUGUGAAAAGCAUCCUGGACUCGGGGGGAGUGCAAUACAAGAGCUACACGCUGCCUUCAGAAAUGGAUAUCACAGAGUGUUUCUCAGAGGGUGAUCAAAGUGGAGAACUGCUGCUCGACUUUCUCACUGAGGUAGAUCGCUUUAGCCAAACAGCCUCACCGCAACUAAAAGCCGAUGUCAUCAAGUUACUGAGAGAUCCGGCUUGUUCUCGCGAAGCUGACGGGAAAGUUCUCUUCAACAAUAACCUGGAGGUGAUCGUGGUCGAUUCACCAAGAUAAGAUUGAAAUCAAUACGCGUGUGUAAGAUAAGCAAAAAUAAGUUUGAAGCUCCAGGUAAGCAACGUGAUUUCAGCACUGAUCCUCUAAAGAGCCUCUUUUAUUCAUCAAGAAAUAAUUUUAAUGAAUAUUAAAAAGGAUGUAGCAAUUGGAAUCAGCUUUAAAUUGUUUAUCAUAUGGAGCACAAUCCAUUCUGUCAACCUUGAUUUGUUGGAUGUGUUCCAUUUUUGGGUCUAGGGUCAUCAUCACGUUUACCUUUAUUUAUUUUUUGGCCAGUUUUCUCUUGUCUGCAUAAAAAGGCCAAAGAAGCAAAACACUUUUGGGAAAAAUCAUUUAGUUCUCUGAACUGAAUCAUUGGGAGAUAUGCAGAUGUCUCAAAUAUGUUGUUCAUAUUCGGUAGCGUUGUGUUUAGCACGUCUGCCUUGUAAAUUCCGAGAUUCAGGGUUGUUCUGUGGUGUGUCAGAAGGUACAAUGUAAGAUAAUUAACUUUGAUUGCGCUGUUUCAACUUGUCAAUAAUUUUUUAAUCUUUACUAGUUGUAUUUCAAAAUAGACAAAUAAAUCUGACGACUUGAAUUGUAUUAACACUUUUUUUGCAAAAAUAAUCUGAAAUAUUAAUUUAAUUAAAUGUGUUGAUUAAUGUUU